AACCAGGAAAAUAAUAUCACACUGAAGCAAACAUCAUUAGAAAAUUUGACCUAGACUAUAUAUUUUUUAGCAAAUAUUGUAGCUUAUCAACUACAGCAGAAACCUUUCUCAGCCACCAGCCUUUCCCACGUGACUCCCUUUUCCCCCGAGCCCCCCCUCCCCGAGGGUUCCGCACUUUCGUCACACCCCCGCGUCACCGUGGCCGCCACGCCACCGGCCGUUGUCGCCUCACGGCGUUCUGCCCGCCCCACCCCGCCGCCGCCGGCAGCACGGAGCUUCACCGCGGCCUCGGGGGCUGCUCGUUCUCCUCCCCGAAAGCUGAGGCGAAUCUACCGAUUGCCGGCAGCCGGGCCGCCCUCUGCUCGGCCAGCGGAAGGGGAAGCGUCGCCAUUUUGUUUCGGGUGAUGGCGACCGUGGUGCUGUGGAGCUGGAGAGUUUAGCGCGGGCCCGGCCUCCUGGGGGACUCGCUUCUCGGACAGUCGCUGUUGCUGCGAGUUUCCUCCUGCCCGUUGCGUCCCCCGGUGAUGUACGGAGGGGUCGGGGGCUCUCGCCGGAGCGCAGAAGAGGCAGGCCCGCCGCCCCUCAUGUUGUUGUCAGGCGGGGCAGCGGUCCCCGGGCCCCCCGGAGGAGGUGGAGGAGGAGGAGGUGGAGGUGGGAAUAGCCGUGUGGAGCUGCUGGUGUUCGGCUAUGCCUGCAAGCUGUUUCGAGAUGAUGAGAAGGCUCAGUACCAGGAGCAGGGGCGACACCUUAUUCCUUGGAUGGGAGACCCCAAGAUCAUGAUCGAUAGGUAUGAUGGGCGUGGUCACCUGCAUGACCUUUCUGAAUAUGACGCUGAAUAUUCCACGUGGAACAGAGAUUAUCAGUUGUCUGAAGAGGAAGCUAGAAUAGAAGCCCUCUGUGAUGAAGAGAGGUAUUUAGCCUUGCAUACGGACUUGCUUGAGGAGGAGGCGAGGCAAGAGGAGGAAUAUAAAAGACUGAGUGAAGCUUUGGCAGAAGAUGGUACCUAUAAUGCAGUGGGAUUCCGUUAUGGCAGUGAUUAUUAUGACCCUUCAGAACCCACUGAGGAGGAGGAACAUCAGCCAGCAAAACAAAGAGAAGCAGCUCAGACAGAAAAUGUAGAAGAAAAUGAAGAACCUUUUGUUGCCCCUCCGGGACUGAAUGUACCUUCUGAUGUGGAACUGCCUCCAACAGCAAAAAUGCAUGCAAUUAUAGAACGAACUGCAAACUUUGUCUGCAAGCAGGGAGCACAGUUUGAGAUCAUGCUAAAAGCCAAGCAAGCACGCAACUCCCAGUUUGACUUCUUGCGAUUUGAUCACUACCUCAAUCCCUACUACAAAUUCAUUCAGAAAGCUAUGAAAGAGGGACGAUACGCAGCUCCUUCUGAAAAUAAAGCAGACGAGAAAAAACACUCGAAAGUGAAAUCUGAGGAAGAGGAUGACGAUGAUGACGAUGAUGAUGGAAACUAUCUGCAUCCAAGUCUCUUUGCGUCUAAAAAAUGCAGUAGACUUGAAGAGCUCAUGAAGCCUUUGAAGGUAGUAGACCCAGAUCAUCCACUUGCAGCACUGGUCCGCAAAGCGCAGUCAGAUAAUAACUCAUCAACACCGCAGUCAACGGAUGGGGCAGCUGUUCAGACAUCACAAGUAGAAUAUUCUUCUGAUUCAACCGUGGCAGCCAUGUAUUAUAGUUACUAUAUGCUACCUGAUGGAACCUACUGCCUCGCACCUCCACCUCCGGGAAUAGAUGUCGCCACCUACUACAAUGCAUUGCCUGCAGGGGUGACUGUAUCGAGCACUACAGGGGUAGCAUCAGUACCUCCACCCCCUGGUACUACACCUCCACCUCCCCCAGACACAACCGAAAGCAGCAGUGGGUUGACCUCUACCACAACAUCUACAAGCACAAUUGCUCCAGUGGUUGCCAUUAUACCUCCACCCCCAGAUAUCCAACCUGUUAUUGACAAGCUAGCUGAGUAUGUUGCUAGGAAUGGGAUAAAAUUCGAAACUAGUGUUCGUGCCAAAAAUGAUCUCAGAUUUGAGUUCCUGCAACCAUGGCACCAGUACAAUGCGUAUUAUGAAUUUAAAAAACAGUUCUUUCUUCAAAAAGAAAGCAGUGACAACUCUCAGGGAGUAUCUUCAUCCGAAGAUGUUCCAGCAGAUACUGCAACUGAUACGCCAAGUGAGACUCAAUUUGCAGAUGAGCACACACCUGAAGACGCAUCUGAGCCAAGUGCUAAGGGAGUUCCAGGAACUAAAAAGGAUGUUCCUCCUUCUAAAACUGUCAGUGAUGGUAAAUUGGUGAAAGCAUCAUUUGCUCCAAUAAGCUUUGCAAUCAAGGCCAAGGAAAAUGACCUUCUUCCUUUGGAGAAAAACCGUGUUAAAUUAGAUGAUGACAGUGAUGAGGAGGAGGAAGAGGGCAAGGAAGGCCAGGAGAAUGCUAAUAAUGCUUCAAACCAUACUCCAGCUGUUACCACUCCUUCUACUCCUGCUGAAGAGAAAAAACCUCAGCUUACUCAGGAGGAGUUGGAAGCUAAACAAGCAAAGCAGAAACUUGAGGAUAGACUAGCAGCUGCGGCGAGGGAGAAGCUUGCACAGGCCUCCAAGGAAUCAAAAGAAAAGCAGCUACAAGCAGAACGCAAAAGGAAAGCUGCACUGUUCUUGCAGACUCUGAAAAAUCCUCUGGCAGAGGCAGAAACUGAGAAGGUUGAAGAGAAUUCCUUCAGUGUUGAGAUCACUAUAGAGAGAUCAAGAGAGAUUGAUGUUUCUGGAAUUAAUCAUUUCCAGCUUGUUGUUGAAAUCUGGAAGAGAUAG